ACGGCCCUUUUACACAGAAACGAAACUCAGCUCCUCUUCCUGGUUUGCUGUUCUGUGUGGGAGAGAUCACAAGCUGGUGUGAAAACGAUUUACAGUAACAAAAAAUGGCAAAGGCCAGUGUGUUAUUAGCGCAAGAUGAGUUCAGCUGUCCAAUCUGUUUGGAUCUCUUGAAGAAUCCUGUAGGCAUUCCCUGUGGACACAGUUUCUGUAUGGAUUGUAUCUCAGGCUGCUGGGAUCAAGAGGAUCCAAAGGGAGUCUACAGCUGCCCACAGUGCAGACAGACUUUUACUCCAAGGCCAGUUCUGGGCAGAAACACGAUGCUGGCUGACGUGGUGGAGAAGCUGAAGCUUCUGGGACUCCAGUCUGCUCCUGCUGCCCACUGCUAUGCUGGACCUGGAGAUGUGGAGUGUGACGUCUGCUCUGGGAGAAAGCGGAAGGCUGUCAAGUCCUGUCUGGUGUGUCUGUCCUCUUACUGUGAAACUCACUUCACAUCUCACAACGAUCUCUUCCCAGGAAAGAAACACAAAGUGAUUGAAGCUGCUGGUAAACUGGAGGAUCUGAUCUGCUCUCAGCAUGAUAAACUGCUGGAGGUCUUCUGUCGCACUGAUCAGACGUGCAUAUGCAUGCUGUGUGUCAUGGAUGAACACAGUGGACAUAAAACUGUUUCAGUCGCAACAGAGAGGACAGAGAAACAGAAAGAGCUGGGAGAAACAGAGAGAAAAUUCCAUGACAUCAUUAAAGAAAAAGAGAGCCACCUACAAGACCUCAGAAAGGCUGUAAAAACUCUACAGUGUUCUGCUGAUGCAGCAGUGGAGAACAGUGAGAGGGUCUUCACUGAGAUGAUCCGCUCCAUUGAGAAAAGACGCUCCGAGGCAACGAAGCUGAUCCGAGAUCAGGAGAGGGCUGAUGUGAGUCGAGCUGAAGAACUCAUGGAGACACUGGAGCAGGAGAUCGCUGAGCUGAAGAGGAGAGUUGCUGAGUUGGAACAGUUCUCACAGAGUGAAAAUAACAUCCGUUUUCUCAAGGUACCGUGGCCUCUUAAACACUACAUAGGCCUAUAACCAUAACACAUAGUUAAUAGGAAAUACAUUAUUUUAAUAUU